AUGAUAACGAAAUACUUUUCUAAUGUGAUGAUCAGAUUCAAUCCAUUUUCUGUGGGUGGAAAACCAACAAGAUUAUUCCUUCAAAGAGUUCCACAAGGUACCAAGAUUGAUUGUAAAGUAAUUACUAAACCAUCAGAUAAACAAGAAAUUAAAGUUACAUUUAAAGAUAAACAUGUUAUGACUAUUGAUCCUUCAACUAUGAAUUUCAAUGAUUUGGCAGAUUAUUUCAACGCACAUUCAAGAAAAUUGGCUAUUAAAGAUUCCAUUCAAGAUUAG